UAAUUAAGUAUAGCCGAGAAUAUCACGCCUUUCUGAAAUUUCAAGCAGAAAUGAUAUUUGUACUAUAUCGAAGUGAUUUGGAAGUCCCAAAUGCUUAUUCCUUAAGUAUUUGCCCUGGAUAUCUGGAAUCCUCAGGUAUCUUGAAGUAUUGUCUCAGUCCCCUCAAGUUCAAGAUAACAAGGUUUAACUGUAUCUUAAUCAAGAGAUUGUGCCAGGUCUGAUGGAAGCAUCUGCAAAAACAGGAAAGACUACAACCAGCAAAAUACGAAACAGAAUAGGCACAGACUGUGGUGUUACAAGUACCAUCAAUGAGAACAGUAAAACACAAAUAGAAUUUGAUGGGCGAUAUGAUGGGAAAAAGAUAUUAUCUGGAGAUUCCAAAUAUCAACAAUGUGACAGAAUAAUAUUCCAGACAAAGAAUUAUGAAGAUCCUGAUGCCAAAUAUAGAAUAUGUAUAUCACCAAUUUAUUUUAAUGAUCGAGUGUGUGCAGCAUCUUUAGAUUACAAAAAUGACUUGUUUGCCUCACCCUUACAGUCGUUUGAUUGUCACAAAAACCUAAACUCCAGAUUUUGUGUUCCAACUCACGAUAAACUGUAUGUUUUCCUAAAACUGGAUGAGGUAAAAUCGCUUUCAACGACUACGUUUUUAUUCCGCGUAACAGCAGAGCGAGUUGAUGAAACAAAGAAAGUAGUCAUAGGAGCAGCAGUGGGAGGAGCGAUAGGUGGACUUGCCGUCCUCGGUCUUGUCUGCGUUAUAGUUGUUCUAUGUAGGAGAUCAAAGAAGAGGAAACACGAAUCAGGUGGCACCGAAAUAGCCUUUAUCUGAGAAACUCGUGAUACUCAGGUGAUCGUCAAGGCUCAUGGGCAUUGUUUAAGAUUGUUGUUGCAUGUGAGAUGUCAUUAAGUUUAUGAUGACAAAACUAUGUUUGUCAUGAUUGUUGUAAGGAAGUGUUGUAUUUGUGUCAAGUAUGUAUGGUAUAAUACACAAGUGAAACGUCUACAUGUGUGCACGAAGUUAGGUACACGUAUUAAUGUUUUGAUUGUUUUUUUUCUUUCAGUUAAAUGUAUUUGAUUUCUUUAGGCAGUUAUGUCCAUCAUUAUACCAUAUAUACAAUUGCCAAUGGUUUGUGAUUAUGAUUUUAUCUAGUGUGAUGUGUAUUAUUUCUAUCCGAGUCAGGAUAGAAAGUACUUGAGUUGGAUAAAAAUCAUAUCCUAUCACAAAAUAUAAAUGAUUCUUUUUUUAUCACACAUGUUUUAGUUUAUAUAUAUAUACCUCAGCAACUGCCUUAUGCCGCAUGACAAAGUCGUCAAUAUUACGUUGACAUUUUGACAUAUUACGUAACGUAAUAAACACAAACAUGUCUUUCAAGAGUAAGCUCUGUUAUUUUAAUGAUUUUAUUUCAAAAUGAUUUUGAAUUCAAAUUCGAUAGAUAGUCUUAAAGUUUUGUUUUUACAAAUUGUCAUUUGUGUUUGUGUAUAUUAGCAUCACGAGGCGUUGGAAUACUAUUAAUGUGGGAUACAAAAAUUUGCCCAACUGGGUUAAGGGAUAGUUAUAUGGUAAAUUGGAAUAUUGUCAAUAAUUGGUAAUACAUUAAGAACAAUCGGCGAUUGACAUCUUUUGUACCUCUGUAAGUAUUAUAUCAAACAACAUCUUAACGAUGUUUGUAUCUUUUUACAUUUUUACAUUUAAGAAAUGUUUUUAUAUUUGAAAGUAUUUUUAAAAUGUUUUUUUUUUUAAAUUUCCAUUGCUAGCAUUCUUUCUUGUCAUUCGUUAUAUAUUAUUCAUUAAAAUAUAUAUCAAUCCAAGACGUCGUUCAUUUUUUUAUGAA